AAUCUACAAUGAACGUCAGCAAACUGUAGUAUGACGCCGCAGUGCACGUUAGACAACCGUUCCAUACACUGCGCCGCCUUGUUUCAAUCACCUACGCUGGCUUUUCAUCAUACACGUCACGCGCUCAAAUGACUGCGUAAAACACACCGCGUCCUCCACCUUCUCCAAAACUUCAAACAUUUCCGCGUUCAACAUUGAUCACAUCACAAGUAGCAUACAGAAUUUUCCACUAUCAAAACUUCAAACCAAAGCAUAACUUAACAAAGCCUUAAACAAUCUUCAAAAUCCGAUCUUGAAUCGAUCUUUCACUUUCUGAGGUAUUUGAUUUUGCAAUGGAAUCGAAAAACACAGCUAGAUUUAAGCUUGGGAAGCAAUCAUCGCUAGCACCAGAACGCCAUAGUGAAGAAACAGAGGUGCAAAACAAUGGUGAUGGUGGUAUUGAUCCUGGAGUGAGGUUGAUGUAUUCAGCAAACGAAGGUGAUGUUGAUGGUAUACGCGAGGUGUUGGAAUCAGGUGUGAGUGCGAAUUUUAGGGAUGGUGAUGGACGCACUGCUCUUCAUAUUGCUGCUUGUCAAGGUUUUACUCAUGUUGUUGCUUUGUUGCUCGAAAAAGGUGCUGAUGUUGAUCCUAAAGAUCGAUGGGGUAGCACGCCCCUUGCAGAUGCGAUAUAUUAUAAAAACAAUGACGUGAUCAAACUUUUGGAGAAUCAUGGAGCAAAGCCUUUGAUGGCCCCUAUGCAUGUUAAUCAUGCACGUGAAGUCCCAGAAUAUGAAAUCAAUCCCAAAGAACUUGAUUUUACCCACAGUGUGGAGAUAACGAAGGGGACUUUCUGUAGUGCAUUGUGGCGUGGGACUGAGGUUGCGGUAAAAAAGCUUGGAGAGAAUUUGAUUAGUGACGAGGAGAAAGUGAAGGCUUUCAGAGAUGAGCUUGCCCUGUUCCAGAAGAUUCGGCAUCCAAAUGUAGUCCAAUUUCUUGGUGCUGUGACACAGAGUAGUCCAAUGAUGAUUGUGACUGAAUAUCUUCCCAAGGGAGAUCUUCGUGAUUUCAUGAAAAGAAAAGGAGCUUUGAAACCAAGUACAGCUGUGAGAUUUGCACUUGAUAUUGCUAGGGGAGUGGGUUAUUUGCAUGAAAAUAAACCAUCGCCAAUUAUUCACCGUGAUCUUGAGCCUUCUAAUAUAUUGCGGGAUGAUUCUGGGCACCUAAAAGUUGCGGACUUUGGAGUUAGCAAGUUGCUAGCAGUUAAAGAAGACAGGCCUCUAACUUGCCAAGAUACUUCAUGCCGCUAUGUGGCUCCUGAGGUUUUUAAACAUGAAGAAUAUGACACCAAAGUGGAUGUGUUCUCAUUUGCACUAAUUCUACAAGAGAUGAUUGAAGGCUGCCCUCCUUUUUCUGCAAAGCACGAUGAUGAGGUUCCUAAGGUAUAUGCUGCAAAAGAGCGGCCACCCUUCAAUGCUCCCGCCAAGCGUUAUUCUCAUGGAAUUCGAGAGUUGAUUGAUGAGUGCUGGAAUGAGAAUCCAGCAAAGAGGCCAACAUUCAGACUAAUAAUAACAAGGCUAGAGUCCAUCUACAAUACAAUUGGUCAAAAACGACGUUGGAAGGUUAGACCAUUGAGGUGCUUUCAGAAUCUGGAAGCCUUGUUGAAGAGAGAUCGUUCGAAAUUAAGCAGUCGGGGCGGAUCAUCUCGCUCCACUUCCAGCCAUAAAUGAAGGAUGAACAUUGGCAUAAUGAUAACGAUACAAAGCAAAUUUCACUUGUUGAGUUGGAGCGUUGCAACAUUUUCUCGUGUGUAUUCCCAGGAUCAUGAUUGUGAUUUUAGCUUCCAAGAUUCUUGUUCAAUGAUUUGUUUACAACUGCAUGAUAUAUGGCCAUAGAAUUGCUUGUAACAAAAGAACGUAUUCUAGGAAUUUGCUCAAUAUCAUGUACAUUAUGUAUGUAUGUAUGUUUUGUGCAACGAGACAUUUCUUUGUAUAAACAUACGCAGUAAGAGUUUUGAUUAACUUUUUAUUCGAACAACCUAACAAAUAAAUGGAAAUUGCAGAA